CAGGCGGUGUGAAGGGCUCCCGAUUAGCUUCACUUCCUUGGCGGCUGGGUUGGGCGCGCGGCCUUGCAUUCGGAACCCAGGCACAGUUCUAGUACUCCAGACUCCAACUGAGUGAUCCAUUUCUGCUGGUUUGGCAACCCAGUUACGGGGUACGUAACACAUUCUACUACACUCCUAACAUUGGACAGCUAAACACCAAAUUCCCAUCUUCCUGGAGAUACAAUCACCCACGUGGCAUACAACAGCAGAAUUAUCACUGAUGUGAUAUCUAAUUGAAGCAUUCCAGUUUUUGACUCUGAAGAUGAGGAAGAGGAUGACCCUGUGAAGGUAAAUGAGCAGGAGGAUGACGAGGGCAUCACCUUCAUGGCAUGUACACGGGAUGUGAAUUUACAAGAAAGAAAAAUCUCAGGUACAAAUGGACUUGAAAACCAAAUUAGAUACAUGCUCUGCUAUUUACAAGGAACAUCAAAGGGAGACUAGAAAUGGAUGAAUAAUCCACCAAGGUCAGGUGUGGAGGAUCUACAGAAUCAUUUUCACUUUGUUUCCCUCCACUUGGCACCCAGGAUGACACCCGAUGGGGAGGUUAGUGCAGAUGAUUACCAUCAACAAGGGAAUCGAGGCAGCGAAAAGUGGGAUUGAUGUUUGGGGUAAGAGUGAGGCCUCAGAAAGCUCAUCUGGCUCAUGGGAGGGGCUGAUAAGAAUGCAUCUUUUGUGAAAUUGACAUUACCCAUAAACCUUUCCCAGCCAGAUUUCUCAAGCACUGGAGAAUCCAUGCAGCGGCAAUGCCAAGUUUCCAAUUGGACUGUGUGAGAGCACUGUUUAAACCCACUUUUCAACAACAAGACACUCAGACAAUACAUUAUUUAUUUCCAAGCAAAUGUAGCGGACACAUCCAUAGUUAGAGGCAAAAUUCUCCAUUUCUCCCAUCAUUGUAGACCUUUAAUAAGGGCAUGUUACUGUGCAAAUUUCUGAUGGUGAUGAAGAGUCCAAACUGUCAUGAAGCAGGAAUAUUAAUUUAUCUGUUCUGAAAUAUUAUUCUCCCCUAAAAUAGAAAAAAAGAGUGAAAUUAAAAGGGAAAUUAGGAAAGUGAAGAGAAAGCAUCAAUAUGCAACAGAUAAAAUCAAAGAAACUCAGUGGGUGUUUUACAGAUAUAUUAGGAAGAGCACUAAGCACUUCUUAAGAACUAAAAGGGUAGACUUCAUGAAUUAAAUUGACUUUAUUUCUUAUAUCCUUCACAUAUAUGAGUAAAAAUCUUUACAUUACGUCCCCAUCUAAAUUUGCAAUGUGCAAGCACAGUAAUUUAUAAUAAAUAGAACAGUCAGUGUAACAUGGAAAUACACUCAAAUCAGCGUGAGUUAAUCAGUCUGAUGGCCUGAUGGAAGAAGCUGUCCCAGACCCUGUUGGUCCUGGCUUUUAUGCUACGGUACUGUUUCCCGGAUGGUUGCAGCUGGAAUAGAUUGUGGUUGGGAUGACUUGGGUCCACAAUGAUCCUUUGGGCCCUUUUCUCACACCUGUUUUUUUAAGUGUCCUGAACCAUGGGAAGUUCACAACUAUAGAUGCGUUUGGUGGUCUGCACCACCCUCUGCAGAGUCCUGUGAUUAAGGGAGGUACAGUUCCCAUACCAGGCACUGAUGCAGCCAGUCAGGAUGCUCUCAAUUGUGCCCCUGCAGAAAGUUCUUAGGAUUUGGCGACCCAUACCAAACUUCCUCAACCAUCUGAGGUGAAAGAGGCGCUGUUGUGCCUUUUUCCCCACACAGCUGGUGUGUACAGACCACGUGAGGUCCUCAGUGAUGUGGAUGACGAGGAACUUACAGCUUUUUACCCUCUCAACCCCAGAUCCAUUGAUGUCAAUAGGGGUUAGCCCGUCUCCAUUUCUCCUGUAAUCCACAACCAGCUCCUUUGUUUUUGCGACAUUGAGGUUGUUUUCUUGACUGGCCACCUUGUUAUUGUUUGAAAUUAGGCCAAUCAAUAUGGUGUCAUCGGCAAAUUUAAUUAGCAGAUUGGAGCUCAUGUAGAACAAGAGUUGUAAAAUACUUAAUACUUUGUGAAUGCUUUUUUAAGGGGGAUGAUGGUGAGAUUGUAUUUAAGGAGGAAGAGUGAGAAACAUAGUAACAGAGCAAAAGAGUAGCAUCUUUAAAAAGAAAAAAGUUUUCCAGGAAUGGAUGUAAGAUUGUUCAGGAUAUUAAAACUAAUAAAGGAUAAAAUUGCCAAAGAUCUCUGUCGGAUUCAAACGCCUUUGUUAAAGAGUAGACCACUGUUAACAUUGUAUUAUUAGAAAGGAAGUGAGAAAUGGAUAAAAAGAGUAAUCCAGGUCAGGUUGUUUAACUACUGCUCAUUAAAUCUAUUGGAAUCAAUUCCAGGGAACAUUAUGGUCCUUAAUUUAGGAAGGCACAGUCUAAUCAAAGAUAAACACCAUGGAUUUGUUAAGGAAUGGCUGUGUCUGAAUAAUUUGAAUUUUUUGAAGAUUAAUAAAUUGGGUAGAUGAGGUUAAUUUCUCCAACUUAAUCUACAUGAACUUUAACCAAGGGUUUUGGCUAUAUCCAAAAUGAUAGAUUUUUUUUCCAGAAGGAAAGGCAAAUGCACCCAAAGAAGAAUGGUAAAUUGGAUUCAGAAUUAGUUUAAUUAUAGCAAACAAUAUGGCAGAUAGAUUUGUGGUUUUGUGACAGGAAGACUGUUACAAUGGUGCUCCACAUGGUAUAAUGCUUGAUCCCUUGCUAUUUUUUGUUUAUACACUGAUCAUUUAAAAUUAAGUGUGAAGGCCAUGAUAAGGAUGUUUACAAUGAUGCAAAAAUGGCUGCGUUUCACUGGGAGGAGAUAUGCUUUAGAUUACAGGCACAUAUAGAUGGUCUGGUCAUUUGGGAAGAAAAUUAGCAAGUGAAAUGUAUUCCAUACAGGAGUGAAAUUAUGCAUUUGUGGAGUUUCAAAAAGGCAAGAGUAAAUGUAUUCAACUCCAGGAUAUGAAAAGAAGAACAGAUCCUUAAAGAGAGUAAAACAGAUAGAUAAAGUCAUUAAAAAGACACAAAUGGGAUAUUAUUAGCAAAAGCUUUCAAAUUUAGGAGCAGGGAAGUUAGAAUGGGAUAGAGUGCAAUACCGUUUAAGUCGCUACUUGUGUGUUGAUUGCAGUGUUAGCUAAAACUAAAUACAGUGUUGCUGUAGUCACAUUUUCAAAAUGGUGAUGACAGCAACAAAUAACCACCUGAAACAAAAACUCCUGAUUCACCAUUUGCUUCAGUGUGUGCAAACAUGUCUGAAACAUCAACUACGAGGUGCAAUCAAAAUAUCCCCAACUCUGAGCUUUAAUUUUGCUUAUGAUUUACCUUUGCAAACAGACGCUAAACAGUAAUUGACUGUUGGGUUUAUUCAGAGUCCACAGAGCUGGACUCUGCAUUUCUAUUGCUUCACCACUGUAUACUUGAAUUUUUCUCAGCAGAUCAUAAGGACAAGUUCUCGGUGUUAGUCUGACUGUGUGAUAGACUGGCACACUUGCCAAUAAAGAGUGGGCAAAUCCUGACAUGAUCCCCAUAGUCCAUAUCGACAGCCUGAUAUUCAUAAGCAGGAAGAACCAAGUCUAACCAUCCAUUCCCACAAACCCCCAACCCCUCCCUGAAACAACUUAAAGGGAUCAUUGAUUUGUUGGUGACACACACAAAAUGCUGGGGGAACUCGGUAGGUCAGGCAUCAUCUAUGGAAAGGUAUAAAGAGUCAACGUUUCUGGAAAAGAACCAUCAUCAGGACUCAUCAUUGAUUUGUAAUUGGUUAAUUAAAGGGAUAGCUGUUUGGAGAGAAAUGUCAGAAGUAGGGAAAGUUACGAAAGUUUUUGGAGAUUGUGGUGACUGAGUUUUGGACUUUCAUUAACUACUGCACCUUUGUCCUGCCUGAGAACAUUGGCCAUUUCUCUGAGUCUUUAACGUUCUUUAUCGUUUGCGAGCUUUAUUCUUAUUUUUGCACAUUAGAUGUUUGACGGUCUUUGUGGUGUGGGGUUGUUCAUCAUUUCUCUGUUUUAUGGCUGCCUUACAAGAAGAUGAGUCUCGAGGUUGUACAUGGUAUACAACCAACCAGUUCCUCUCCACCACCACCCUCUUCCUUCUGGCAGAAUUGGUCCUCACCCUCAAUAAUUUUUCCUUCGGCUCCUCCCACUUUUGGGGGGUAGUCAUAGGUACCUGCAUGAGCCCUAGUUGUGCCUGCUGUUUUGUUGGCUAUGUAGAAAAGUCCAUGUUUCAAGCCUUGCCUGGAAAUGCUCCUCAACUCUUCCUCUGUUACAUUGAUGACUGCAUUGGUGCUGCUUUCUGUCGACUGACGUCUUUCAUUAACCCACUGAUCCCACUGCUUGUCUUGACUAUACCUCUUUUCACUCUGUCUCCUGUAAAAAUGCUAUUCACUUUUCUCAGUUCCUUUGUCCUUGCCACAUUUGUUCCCAGGGCAUCAGAGAUGUCCUCCUCCUUCCAUUGUUACGAGAAUACACAUAAAAUUAAGAUGUUUGCUGGCCUGGGCUAGCAUCAGUGGCAUCAGCAGUUGGUCUGCCACCUGCCCUCAGGGGAAGGAGAGAUAAGGAACAAUGGAGCAGCGUCUGGAGAUGUGUAAUGAAGGGAUGUGGGAGGAAGAGCUGUCUGGAGCGGCUCCCCCCUUUGAACCCUGAACUGUUUGAAGUGAUGGACAGGCGAUACCCCAGCAGGGGGAUAAAAAGGGGACAGGUUCGCUAAGACAGACACACACGCCACCCGAGGUAACGAGACCCUGGAAGCGGUACGCUUCUCACGAGUGGGUGAGAAGUGCCAGACAACGACCAGGGUGGAAAGGUACGAUCAGCGGGAACCCGGUGUGUGUCCGCCCUUGCCUGGGUGCCGGGUUCACUGCAGAGGAUCGACCGCAUCUGGAGGAGGGGUCACAGUCGGUGACCUCAGGUGACAUCACCAAGGACCCGCCCAAAUGCUGUUUGUGAGCCAUCCCGCUGGUCUGUGAGUGAAGCCGUUCUGAAUGAUCAGUUGUUCCUAUUCUGUCUCUCUUCCCCCACCUUGUCCAUCGCCAUGGCAACGAUUACUGCGAACUGAACUACAAACUGGACUGAACUUUGAGUCAUUUUGAAAUUGGUCAUUUAACCCCUAGACAACGAUAGAGCUUGAUUGAUGCUGUUAUCUUAAUUCUGUGCACAUGUGUGGUUAUCAUUGUUGAAUUGUUGCAUUUAUUAUCCUUUCGAUUACUGUGUUGCUUGUUUCUUUAAUAAAACUUUCUUAGUUCUAGUACUCCAGACUCCAACUGAGUGAUCCAUUUCUGCUGGUUUGGCAACCCAGUUACGGGGUACGUAACAUAAGUGGGGUUCUCGUCCGCGAUUUUGAACGCUAAAUUUGGGACGGAGUAAAUUGAUUGGGUUAAAAUUCCCGAAAGAAAGAAAAGACAAACAGCAGAAAUGGAGGUUGAGGAAUUUAUAAAGGCGCCGACCUUGGAGGCAUUAGAGGAUGCCAGGAAAUCGGAAUUGAUAGCUGUGGCAAAACGGGUGAAUCUUGCUAAGGUGAAGUCGACAAUGAGGAGAGAGGAGAUACACAGAGCUAUUGUAGAGCACUAUGUAUCUAAAGGUGUGUUUCCCCAAGGUGAGCUGGGGGAGGUGUCUGUUGAAAAACCUGCUGGAGACGCAGUACAGGUACAGCUUGAAAAACUGAGACUCGAGCACGAGUUCCGGGUACGGCAGUUAGAACACGAAGAGAGAGAGAGGGACAGACAGUUGGAGAGAGAGGAGAAACAGAGGGAAAGGGAAUUUGAGCUGGAGAAGUUAAAGAUAAGGGCCGAGCAGGGGCUCGUGCCGAACCAAGGUGGAGGGUUCCGGGCGACCCAGGAGGUUAGGCUGGUUCCCCCAUUUGACGAUACCGAUGUGGAUCGGUACUUUCUCCAUUUCGAAAAAGUGGCCAUAAGUCAGGAAUGGCCGAGGGAUAAGUGGGUUGUCUUACUUCAGAGUGUACUGAAAGGGAAAGCCCAACAAGCUUACUCAGCUUUAUCCGCGGAAGAUGCCCAGAAGUAUGAGGUGGUGAAGGAGGCCAUCCUCAGGAUUUAUGAGUUGGUCCCGGAGGCAUACCGGCAGAGGUUCCGGAAUGCGAGGAAGCGGUGGGACCGCACGUAUUUGGAGUUUGCUCGCGAGAUGCAAACAUAUUGUGAGCGUUGGUGCGCCUCGAAGGGGGUAGAGGGGGAUUAUGACAGACUGCUGCAGCUGAUUCUGAUUGAGCAGUUUAAAGGUUGUGUCCCUGAGGGUAUGAGACCCUACCUCGAUGAGAAAGAGGCAGCCACGUUAGCCGCAACUGCUAAGUUAGCGGAUGAGUAUGCGUUGACGCAUAAAAUGAAGUUUGCCCCGAGUAAAGGCUACCAGAAGGGUAGUCAGGACGGAGGGGAGAGUCCGCCGGAAAAGUCAGAAAGUAAGCCGGGGACUAGUGAAAAGGAUAAGGUAGACCGGGAGCAGUCUGGUCGGAAGUCUCCUGGGGUCGUCUGUUAUAAUUGUGGGAAAGUCGGACACUUUGCGUCCAGGUGCUUUGCCCCAAGGAAGGAGACGGGGAAAGGAAAAGCGGAAAUUUUGAAUGGCUGUAUCGAGCUGUUAAGUGAACCGCUAGGGAAGGACAGGUCUGAAAAAGUCCAGGAAGGGCGCGAGAGGUUUAUCUCGGCCGGACUGGUGUCAGUGAAGGAGAGGUUAAAACCAGUUCCAGUGCGGAUCUGGAGAGACACGGGAGCGUGUCAGUCACUAAUACUGAAGAGUGUAUUAGAGUUUAGCUCAGAGACCCAGACUGGGGAGGUAGAGGUCAAAGGUGUUGGGGAAGGGACAGAGUCAGUCCCUUUGCACCAGAUACAUUUACAGAGCAACCUGGUCUCUGGACUAGUCACGAUUGGGGUGAGGUCCGAAUUACCGAUGAAAGACGUGGAAGUCUUGCUCGGUAAUGACAUCGCCGGAGGGAUCGUGUUCCCAGUCGUGAGAUUGACGGGUCAGCCUGCCAGCAUGGAGGCCCCGCCCGCGAUGGUGAAUUUGGCUGAAACAUUUCUGCCAACCUUGUAUGAGACAGGGUGUAGUGAGAUAAGAGGUAGUGAGGGAGCUGGGACGGACGUAGCAGUAGCCAGGAAAGAAUUUGUGCAGACGCAGGAGCGAGACGAGGGGCUGAUGGUUUUGGCCGAGACAGCUCUCUCUGACACAGCCUUGACAAGGGAACUAGUAGGCUAUUGUGCGGAUGAGGAAGUGCUAAGGAAAAAAGGGAAAUCAAGUACAGCAUCCGCAGAUGAGGAGUGGGGGGUGGUGCAAAAGAGUUAUGGGGAUGAGGUUUUUAACAUGGCCCACGAGGUACCCCCCGGUGGACAUUUUGCGGUGCUGGAGGAAACAGUUGGUGGAAUCAUGAAAGAGAGUUACCGGCUGCCCAGGGGGAAAAAUGUUAUUGAUCAUGACCGACGCGAACUGAGACGGUCACCGGCUUUUGAUAUGCUAACAAACCUAGUCGGUGUUAGCGUGGAAAUCAAUGAAGCUAGGGGCCCCUUGAUAAGAGGAAAAAAACCAUUUUGAAAAGAUUAGGAUGGGGUCGGUCAGAUGGGAGAAGGCUAUUGUUUUGGCCAGGUCUACUGAUAAGGUCUCUCCCUUAAUCCCCGAAGGAGUAAUUAAACGACUCGCACCCAUGUGUUUGAUUGUCCCGAGGAAAUGCAAAGAACUGGGACGUUGGGUUAUGUCGGUUACAAUAGGGCGGCCAAGUAAACAACACCCAUAUUUUUUGAGUAAUUCAGUGACUAAAGGGCUGAUGAACACAGAGGUGUGUAUUGGCAAUUUAACACGGCUGUCUGAAGCCAGCUUGA